AUGGCUCCUACCAAGCAGACUGCCCACAAAUCUACCGGUGGUAAAGCACCCAGGAAACAACUGGCAACAAAAGCCGCUCCCAAGAGUGCGCCCUCCACUGGAGGGGUGAAAAAAUCCAAUCGUUACAGGCCUGGUACUGUGGCGCUUCGUGAAAUUAGAAGCUUCCAGAAGUUCACUGAACUUCUGAUUCGCAAGCUCCCUUUCCAGCGUCUGUUGCGAGAAAUUGCUCAGGACUUCAAAACAGAUCUGCGCUUCCCGAGCGCAGCUAUUGGUGCUUUGCAGAAGGCAAGUGAGGCCUAUCUGGUUGGCCUUUUUGAAGAUACCAAUCUGUGUGCUAUCCAUGCCAAACGUAUAACAAUUAUGCCUAAAGAUAUCCAGGUAGCACGCCGCAUACAUGGAGAAUGUGCUUAAGAAUCCAUUUAAGAUGGGAAGCAUUUCAUUCUCAAAGUUUCCCCCCUCCCCCUUUUCUUGUUAUCAGUAGUUCUGAAUGUUAGAUUUUUUUCCCCCAUGGGGUCAAAAGGUACCUAAGUAUAUGAUUGCCAGUGGAAAAAUAGGGGACAGAAAUCAGGUUAUUGGCAA